UCAUUUUAGAAAUUGCUAGCGAGCAACAUUUGCUGCACGAAAACUAUUCUUUCACAACACCUAACAGAGGGAAACAAGUCUUUUCAGUGUUUAAAGGCGUCAGCGUUUUCAUUUAACAUCUGAGCCACAUGACCACAAGUCCAUCAGUCAUGUGAAUGCUGCCCAUAUGACACGCAGCGUUUCCCCUUCAGCUGAACACAGACGCUCGGUAUAAUCAUUAGAAAACUGCAUUCGCGCGCACACAUGCACUUAAAACCUUGCAAGUCCGUUGAAUGCAGUACACUUCGAUGGAAUAAUGCAUCCAGACUGUGUUUUCGACAGCCUAAUCUUUCAUACGAAGUCAAACAAUGGCAAACAAGUACUCUAAAAGACACACGAAACGCAGCGCACUGGGAAAUGAAAGUGAGCAAGCAUCCCUUGCACUGACUGUAGAGAAGCAUCAAAGACGAGGCCAAGUGGAGGUGGUCUCUAGGUCAGCAUGGCAGGGCUUCAGGAGGAAAGUGUGUCUGCUGGUGCCAUACAUGUGGCCCAGGGGAAGUGUGGGCUUGCAGGCUCUGGUGGUUCUGUGUGUCGGGCUGCUGGGACUUGAGCGGGUCAUCAAUGUGUUUGUACCCAUUUACAGCAGGAAUAUAGUGAACCAGCUGUCAGCGAUGGAGCGCUGGAGAUCCCUGGCCAUCACGGUCUGUGUUUACGUCCUCCUUAAGUUCUUGCAGGGCGGAGGGGUAGGGACAUCAGGGUUUGUCAGUAACUUGCGCAGCUUCCUGUGGACUUAUGUCCAGCAGUACACCAGCCGUGUGGUGCAGGUCCGUCUUUUCACGCACCUGCAUGACCUCUCUCUACGCUGGCACCUGGGCCGCCGCACCGGAGAUGUCCUGCGCAGCAUUGACCGUGGAACCUCCUCGGUCAACAACUUGUUAAGCUAUGUUGUGUUCAGCAUUGUACCCACUAUUGCUGACAUCAUCAUUGCCAUCAUCUAUUUCGUGACGUACUUCAGUGCCUGGUUCGGCCUCAUUGUUUUCAUUUGCAUGUUUCUCUACCUCACUAUCACAAUCAUUAUCACUGAAUGGAGGACCAAGUACAGGCGGGAAAUGAACACACAGGACAACAUUGCCAAGUCAAAAGCAGUAGACUCACUUCUCAACUUUGAAACUGUAAAGUACUAUAAUUCAGAGGGUUUUGAAGUCAGGCGCUUUGAGGAUGCUAUCCUGAAAUAUCAGGCAUGUGAAUGGAAGACCAAUGCUUCCUUGGCUCUCCUGAACCAAACUCAGAACCUGAUUAUUGGAUUGGGCCUGUUGGCCGGAUCCCUGCUUUGUGCAUACUAUGUUACAGUGGACAAGUUUCAAGUUGGUGACUAUGUUCUUUUUGGAACCUACAUUAUUCAGCUCUACACUCCACUCAACUGGUUUGGUACAUAUUAUAGAAUGAUCCAAAGUGCAUUUGUUGACAUGGAGAGCAUGUUUGAUCUGCUAACAGAGGAAAAAGAGGUAAAGGAUGAUGUGAAUGCAGGAGACCUGUUGUUCACAGAAGGAAGGGUUGAUUUCCAGAACGUGUGCUUUAGUUACAUUGCUGGGAAAGAAAUUCUCAGUGAAGUCUCAUUCACAGUGAUGCCUGGUCAGACAGUUGCACUGGUUGGUCCAUCCGGAUCAGGAAAAAGCACCAUCAUCCGUUUGCUUUUCCGUUUUUAUGACGUGCAGAGUGGCUGCAUCCUCAUCGAUGGUCAGGACAUCUCCAAGGUCAGCAAACAUGACAACCGAGACACUUACAGGGUAAAACAGAACUCUCUCCGAUCCUACAUUGGUGUAGUUCCUCAGGACACUGUUCUUUUCAAUGAUAACAUCCGUGAAAACAUUCGCUAUGGACGCAUCUCUGCAAGUGACCAAGAAGUAGAAGAGGCUGCAGUGGCUGCUGAUAUCCACCAUAAGAUACUAUCCUUUCCAGACGGAUAUGGGACUGAGGUGGGUGAAAGGGGUCUGAAGUUGAGCGGAGGGGAGAAACAGAGAGUGGCCAUCGCUCGCACAAUCCUAAAAUCCCCUCGCAUUAUUUUGCUUGAUGAAGCUACAUCUGCUUUGGACAGUCAAACAGAGCGUAACAUUCAGGCUUCUCUCGCUAAGGUGUGUGCUAACCACACCACUCUGGUCGUGGCACACAGGUUAUCCACCAUCAUCAAGGCCGAUCAGAUUCUGGUUCUUCAUGAUGGGCGGAUUGCAGAACAAGGAAGGCAUGAGGAGCUGCUGGCCAUGGGGGGACUGUACGCAGCCAUGUGGUUAAAACAGCAGCAGACCCCAGAGUCAGAGGCCUCUACAGAUGAACAGCCGCAGGAGCCACGAUGAUGAUGAAUGGUGAUGGGGGAAAUCAAUCAGGAUAAUGGUAAAAGAGUUCAUCUCAGACACGGGGGCACCAGACUGCACAAAAGUAAUAAACUACGAAGAGUGUUUCUCAGGGAAGGGUGUCAGGGUUGGCUCACCCUAAAAUGAAAAUUGUUCUCAUUUACUCAUUACCCUCAUUUUAUUCCAAAAAUUUUUGACUUUUUUCUUCUGUGCUUUGAUUUUGAGUGUUGGCAACCAGUGGUUCCCAUUGACUUUUAUUGCGUGUACAUGAACACUUCUGUUACAUUGUUUUCUUUUUCUUUUUAUUACAUGUAACACUUUUGUUUACAUCUCUGUCCAACACUGUAAACUGAGGAGAUGUGGAUGAAUCUCAGUACCUCAAUACAGAUGGGAAUUGUAGAUAACAUGUUCACUUGCUAAGGGUCAUGUUUCUUUCAUUAUAAUACCGGCACAAACAUUUUAGUCACAUUAUAUAUUGCAGUGUUCAUGUUACUUUGAAUUUACAAAAGUACACAGUAAAUCUAAUGAAUUACAUGUACUUUCCAAGUGCAUUAGGUUUUCUUUGAUGUUAUCUUUAUUAUUACAUUUCAGUAACAUGAAUUUGUAAAACACUGAUAUAGUAUUUCAAUUGAAGUAUGUUAACAUGUACACUGUUAAAUUUAGGGUUCCCAAUUUCAAAAAACCAUCAGACCUCUUUAUGCUGAGCUAAACAUUUUCAGCAAAGUGUGAAUGCUUCACCAAACCACAUUAACUAUUAUCCCCCUUCACAAUAAAUCUAUCAUAUCUGUCCUCCACCUCCACAUUUAUAAUUUGAGAUCGGAACAUAGACAAUACUCGUAUAAAUUUAAAGCAUUAUUUUAAUAUUAAUGACAUGCUGAACUUGAGAGGUGUUUGAUAUAUAUUCUUUUUUUUCUAGGUCUUUGAUUUCUAGUUUGAUUUUAAACAAUUUUGUAUUUUUGAAUUUGCUUAAUUGAACAAGGAAUUGAAUUCAUUUUAAAAGAUAAACUGAUGGAUAUUAAAGGGACUUGACAUGAACAACAGAAACAUUCAGGAAUAUUAGGGGGAAGAACAUCUGUAGGCUUUGGAUAUUCUUAAAAUGAUAAUGUGCUUUAUGAAGAACAGAUGCUGCCUUUCAUGGAAAUGUUAUGUGUUUUGUACCUUUUUUUUUUUUUUAAAUGUGCACAAGUUGGUCAAAUACUUAAUUAAAAUAAAUAAAGUCCAUAAAUUAAUGCAACUCUGACUAUGUACAAAAGUUAAUUUAUUUAGAGUAUUUACAUCUUUUCACUCCGUCUAUGGUUUAACACAAACAAUGACAUGUAUAAUCCUUUAACACAACUGACAUUAAAAUCCAUUCAUUAAGUAGAACAUGACAGAAAUAUUUACAGGAUAACACAUUUCUGAACUAUACCAAAACGGAUAUUUAUCUUUAAUGGUUUAGGCUUAGAGUUAAAGAUUGGCUACAAUGCCUUGAGGUUUGAUGGGGCUUUGGCCCACUCACAUCAAUACUAUAAGAAAAGUAUGAACCGCUGGGAGCCCAUGUGAAUGUUUAAAAGUUUGGGGUCAGUAGGUUUUUUUUUUUUUUUAAUACAGUAAUACUUUUAUUAGGCAUGGACACAUUAAAAUGAUCUGAAGUGACGGUAAAGAUGUUUAUAAUGUUUAAAAGAUUUCUGUUUCACAUAAAUGCUGUUCUUUUCUGUUAAAUGUUCUACUUUCUAUUCAUCAGAGAAUUCUGAAAAAAAAAAAAUGCACCACGGUUUUCACAAAAAUAUUGAUAAAAAUAAAUAAUAAUAAACGUUUGCACCAAACCAGCAAAUAUGAUUUCUGAAGGAUAAAAAUCCAUUUUUGAAAGGAUUCAAAUAUUUAAAAAAUAGAAACGUAAUUUUAAAUUGUAAGAAUAUUUACUGUUUUGAUCAAAUAAAUGCAGCCUUGCUGAACAUUAGAGACUUGCUUAUUUGAAAAAAAAAAAUAAAAAAAAAUCAUACUAACCCCAAACAUUUGAACAAGAGCGUAUAUUUCUAAACAAGUAGAUGCACUGCAGAAAAAUAUCAUCCUACUGUUUGUAAUUUCUGAAGAAUGUGCAUGAAUUCCCACAGGAGCUGGCGUGGGGCCUGAAAUACCUUCUCGUCACUGUCAACAUUAUCGGCGGCUGGCGAUUAAAUGUUUGCGGAGAUAAGCGAAUACUGCGGACAGAGUGGUUAGUACAGUGUGGAAUAAGAGGUCUGACUUAAAUACAUGCUUGCAGAGCCCAGUGUCUGCUAGGGUCCAGACGUGGUGAGGGAACAUUUCUCAUUACUAAAUCAUGCCGGACCGCCCUGUCCCUUACUGAGCUGAAGGAGGGACAAGGAGAUUUGUCCUGAAAUGUUCAAGUGAGUGUGAGGUGUGUUUCAGAGUGGCCUUGUCACCAUUGUUCAGUUCCAGGCGCGCCCUGUGCGAUGACCCACGGAAGAGCACUCUGGUAAAGGAGCGCGGAUGCCCCUGCGCUGAACCCCCACGGCAGGCAGAGAGAGGAGAAGUUUGCAUGGGACGCUCCCCACGGGACGCCUUCUACAGAGCGGCAAGCAGGGGAAAUGAGGUUCAAAGUGAGGACAUGUCAGACGUUUUCUCUCUCUCUGUCCUGCAUUACCGCCUCUUCUGUCGAUCUCUUAAGCACACAUUAUGCAGCCUCCGUUCCUCAACAGCUUGUCAGGGUCUGUGUGCAUCACCGGGUGAAAAUUAGUGCGCACACACAGGGGUAUUUUAUUUAUUUUUUGUGAAAGGAAAGAGCUGGUCAUGGAUUUGUGCAUUAUACAAAGUCAUACUUCUAGGACUACUCGUUGGUACUUGGUUCUCAUGGAAGUCCUCCACUGGAGUGUCCGGAUUACGUAUUGGGAACAGUCGAGUUGGCUCUUUUCCUUCUGAAUGUCCUGGAAGCGGUCAGUUUGCUCAAUUCCUGCUGUUGUUGGUCUUGGGCCGUUUUUGGUACCACAGAGCUGUGGGGAGGUUCUGGCAGCCCAUGUACUCCUUCCUCAUUUCGGCUUCGGUGAGAGGAGGGGUGGAGUUGCACGGGGCACCGGCCAGAGUCACGUUCAUCAGUCCCAGAGCAGCAUCAGCCAGUCGGGGCAUUGCAGAACUCUGCUGUUGCAUUAAGCAAAGAAGGAAAGCAUUUAAAGCCUUUAAGUCAGAAGAUAGCUUUAUGUAGAAAACAGACAGAAAUGUAAAUUAUUUCACAGAAGAUCUGAAAUGUAAAGGUUGUAUUGGCUACCAAAAUGACACGGUGACUCGACAUUUGAUUUUGUGACCAUUUUUAGUCAAAACUGACUUUGGAUUCGGUCCUGUUCCACAGACAAAGCUGUCAUUAUAAGAAGACUUAGCAGAAUAAAGACCGUGAGUCAUAUAGACUGUGUUUAUGAUGUAUGUAGGUCAUAAAAGUGGAACUUGCCUCUGUCCUCUUUCAAUUUUAUUACAAAGAAAAGAGCAGCUGGGAUAUUCAGUUACACUUAACAUUAAGGGCCCAUUGGUUAACUUAAGUAAAAAUUAACAUUUAAUUUUUACUAUAUUCAUUUUUGUUUGUUAAUACAGCUGUUCAUUGUUAGUUCAUGUUGGCUCAGGUCCAUUGAAGAGAUAGUUCACCUUCAGUUGCUGGUCCCCAAUGACUUACAUAGUCUUUUCCCCCAUACUAUGAAAGUCAAUGUGGACCAGCAACUGAAGGUUGAUCUAUCCCUUUAAACUGUUGAAAGACACAUCUUGAUUUGAAUGGAAAAUUAAUAAAUGCUUUAGAAUUGUUUUCCAUUGUUAUUUCAUGUUAACAAAUGUAGUUAACUAAUGUUAACAAAUGAAACCUUAUUGUAAAGUGUUACUAAAUAUUCAAAAGUGUUACUGAAUACAUAGAGUGAGUAAAUGAUGACAGAGUUUUCAUUUUUGGGUGAACUGUCCCUUUAAGCAUUUAGAAUCAUUGAAUCACAUAAACAAGUUUGCUUCUUUUCUUUUCUUUUUUGUGAAUGUAUGAGACGUAUCAUUCAUUAGCUCCUGUAAAUAAAUAACUAGAAGAUGAACAAAGUGCAAAGUGUGUUUAUGAUUAUAAGAAUUGAUACAUGAUUGUACAGCUAAUAUAACUGGAAGCAGCUGACACUGGAAGCCUCACACGAGACACAAAUGGUUGUGCACUUCUUUGUUUUGUUGUUUUGUACAAUCAAAAAAAAAAAAAGUGAUCUGAACAGCCCAGAUUCAUAAAGACUUGUAAAGUCUCACCUUACUGAGGUGGUCUAUGAGGCACUCGGAUGGGUGCAGAGAGGCCCAGAACUCGGCUGUGUGCACCCAGGGCAGGCCGUUCAGCAGCACCACAUUGACGUGUUUGAGAGAUCCCGUCAGUCUCUUGCUGAGGACUCCACUGUAGCUCUGCUCCACAAAGAGCAGCACCCGGCUGGCCCUGCACCCAGCCAGAUCCGCCAACAGUUCACCCACGGAGUAAUGCUCCUUCAGAUCUGCCUGGAGAAACAUAAUAUAUACCAUUAAUCCAUCCUAUAGAGCUUUCCUAGCAUAUAAAAUGAAAAGUUUGAUAGAUUCUGCCUUAAAAUGCCAUUUAUUGUAUAUAAGUCUGGACAUUUUAGUGAUUUCACAACAUGAGAUAAAAGCAGUGGAAAAUGCUUUUAUAAAACUUAGCAAUUAUAGACUAUUGUUCAAAAGUUUAACAUCUGUGAGAAAUCUUUUUUUUUUUUCAAUUGUUUUUAUUUGAUCAACAGCACAGGAAAAACAGUUUCUGUUGAAUACUUAUUCAAGAAUUGUUAAUAUUGUCAAUGUUGAAAGCAGUUAUGCUUGAUGUUUUUAGUAAUUUUCUUAGAAUUAUUUGAUGAUUAGAAAGUUCAAAAGAACAGAAUUCAUUUGUAAUAUUUAUAUAACUGUAAUAUUAUUAUUAUUAAUUUAUAAUAGAAAAAUAUUAUAAUAAAAAUACAUUUUUAUCAUUAAGAACCCCCCCCCCCCCCUCUCAUUUUCAGUUUUUAUCUCAUCACUAUAAAAUAAUUUUGUUCUAGUUUAUAUUUUAAUUGCAUCCAAUGCACUUAUAAUUCAUUCAUGCAGGGCACUGUUUCACUUAAAUGACUGUGGUCUAUUUUAAGGCACUUCAAAAGGAGAGCGGACAUUAAUUUGUCGUGGCAUUCAGACUCGUGGCAGUUAUUGAAAUGAACAGUUAGCCGUACUCUUUCUUCUCGAAGAAGAAAUGAGCAGCUUUCCUGUGGGAAGCCGAGCGUCUGGUGGCCCUGAUCCUGUGUGGUCCUUGUCUCUCAAGCCCCUCUUUGUCACUACAUCCCUGUCUGGGGAUCAGGUUGUUGCCUUUGUCCCUAGAGAGUCUGUCCCUAUUGUCAUGGAAGGGUGAGCUUUACUGCGCAGUCUGCUCCCUUCUGUUUGCCACACUCUAAACAUAUGGCUGGGAUUACUGACCACCUUUUGCAAAGGAUUGUGGGAUUUUGGUGGUUCAUCAGGAGUGUACUUUAUAAAAGCAAUAUCAUUGAAUGUGUGCCCAGUUUCUGGAAUGAUUGUAUUACUGAUAGAUGAAAGAGGUGGAUGGCUGGUCUAUUGUGAGUUUCUUAAUAAGAUUGAGGGCUUAAGAUUGUGCUGGAUUUCUCUAUGAAAUUUGAUCUUAUCUCUCUCGUGUUUCUUGUUAAGUGAGGAGUCUGGUCUGGGUUGUCUAUGUGCAUUAAGGGAAUAGGUUUUGACAAAGCAUCCCCUCUUGGAUGUUUGCUGAACAGGUGGCGCUCUCAUUAGCUGCACUAAAAAUACUCCAUGCACUCAUAAGACAAGAACCACCAAAUUGCAAAGUGUCUGCAGAUUCCAUGAAACCGAAUGAACAGAUGAGAGUCAGCUUCCAUAGUGUAAUACUUUUAUCCUUCGGUUAGUGGGCGCUUUGAAGUGGUGGUCUUGAGGAAACACGUUGGAUUCAUUUACGGGAAGAUAAGGAAUUCCUAAACUCUUUUUAUUCAUCUGACCUCUCUGUGGUUCCAGGAACCCCCACAUUUAUAACAAAUCUACUUCAGCACUUUCAGAAUAACACCGUAGGCCUGACUGUGAAAAUAUAAUCCUGUUACAAAAUCCACUGAACUCAAAUAUUUCCAAAACGAGCGGUUUUCAACCACUACAGAGCACAACAGCUGGGUUCCAGAAGUAAAAAUACUUUUUUUGCAGCCCCCCUCCAUAGAGGAAUCAAUUUUUGGUAAUGUAAACACCUUUUAAAACUGACCUGCCAUGGUGUCUGAGAUUAUGAAAGUAAUGAAAGAGGCCGUAAAGCGGUGUGAUUUCACCUUUCAUUUUUAAACCUUUUUCAACAGUUUGUUUCCUCAUACAAAGUGUGUUUUUCCUUAAUUUUAUAUAUUAUAAUUUUUAUAUUUGUCAUUUUUUAAUGCUUUAUUUACAUGUUUUAAUUGUGUUCAUGGUUUCCACCAAACUAAGAGUUUAAACGUGUCACACUACACACCAGAUGCACACACUCACAAUGCCGUUGUUAUUGCGGUCCCAGAGCAGCAUGGUGCCGUCGUUGCGUGUGGGGCUGUUCAGGUACAGAACCAGAGAAUCCACACAGUGCUGCUUCCGGCAGAUGUAGGAAAUGUGAUUCCUGAUCACUUCUUUCUCUGUGGCUGGAUACAUGCCCUCGGUCUCUUUAACUGUGGAAAUAAAGACAAUUUGUGAACAUCUGAAUAUAAAGCAUUAGGGUAAAUUAAAAGCUUAAAUGACUUGAAAUGUCCUCUGACCUGCUACCUGUCCAUUCCCAGCAAAGAAUGUCUUUAUGUGGUCCUUAUGGAAGCCGUUGUUCCUCAGCAUCUGGUCGAAGAGCUGCAGGUUCUUUGCAUGUUGUUGGUAUGUUAUCUGCUCCUGCCAGCCACCUGCACGUGCACAGGUUAAAGGUUAUGUAGGAGCGGCAUACCUGAGACAGCUGAUGAGUCCAAGUAUUCAUCCAGCAUUUCAUACGGGUCAGAUCAUACAAAUGAGUUCUUUGAGCCGGUGUUUUGUACCUGACAGGAGAACAGCAUGAUCACAGGUCUGGUAGAGGCGGCAGGACAGGUGUGUGGCCAGGCGUUGCUGAUGGCACCGGCGGGUGUUUUUAUUGAGCUCACAGCUGGAGAUGGGUGUGCUGGGACUGGUCAGCGGCAAAGGCUGCGGGCAUCUGGCAAAGUCUGGGUGAUCUACAGCAACAACCACAUUACCACAUUACUUCAGAUCCAAACAUGAUAUGAUUCAUUCUAAAUAUAAACUCUUUCUUCAGCAAAUAUUUCUAGUUAAAAUUUACAUUUUCUCUAGGAAUCUGCUUGACUGGGAAUCAUUGCAACGGGUUAAUGUGAAUUUGCCACUUUAACCAACAGAAAUCUUUGUAGUUUGAAAGUGAAUUCUGAAAAUAUUUGUCAAUUUUUGUCAAUUUUACGCCGGGAUACCCCUGUGACCAUCCCUUUAUGCUGAAUUCAAGGCAUGGUGCAAUUAUUAGAUAACUCCGACAUUCUACUAGGAGCUGUUCCCAUCCUUGGACUCAGAUUAAUGCAUUUUUGUGGCAACACAAUUAACAUCAUAAUGAAUCCAUAAUAAAUUUAAAAAGUAGUGGCUGUUAUGCAUAUGUCUUAGUAAAUGUAUAGUUUAUUUAGCUUAAAUGGUUCCUGUGGCUCAGUGGCAGAGCAUUGCAUUAGCAGCGCAAAAGGUCAUGGGUUCAAUUCCCAGGGAACACAGAUACUGGUCAAAAAUAUAUAUAUAUAGCCUGAAUUCACUGUAAGUCUCUUUGGAUAAAAGUGUCUGCUAAAUGGAUAAAUGUAAUUGUAACAUUAAAUAGUUUAACGUAGCUAUAGCACAGAGUUGAAUAACUAUUUAUGUUGUUUUGUUUAUUUUCAUAAUGUCUUUGCAUUAUUAUAACAUUAACAGUAGUCAGUUAUACGAUUUUUAAAUAUUAUGAAAGAACUACUUAACUAUAUUUGACUGCCAUUUUCAGGGUUUUGCAGCUGUUAGGUAGUAUAAGCAGAGCUCUUUGAUUCUACAUGGAUGUGAACUUUUUUUUCCCUCAUACUUGCAGUAAUUCCUACAUGACUUAAACACAAAGAACUGUGUGAUUUGUCCACUGUAAAUGCUGAAUGAAUACCUCUCUAAAAUAAGUAUUCCAAGAAUUCAUACCUGGCUCUGUGACAGCAAAUAAUUUUUUUUUUAAAGUCGCAAUUAGAAAUGCUUAACCAGAAAUGUUUGGAUGACAUGUAUUUGGAGCGGAGGCAUAUGGUUAAAAUUAGCAAAAUUGUGGGUUUUGUAAAAACAGAUAAAAUUACAUACAAAAAAAAUAAUAAAAAGCCAGAUUCCUGAUUCAGAAUUCAAAUAACUUGUUGAUUGUUUUAUAAUUGUAAUUUGUGCUUCUUUCUCUUCCUACGAGUUUGUCACUGACCUUUCAGAGAUGAUGAAACCUGUUGAACUCUACUAUUCAUUGACUCACCCACACAGUGCAGGCGUUGGGUUCGGUUGCUGUCUUUCACUCCCACUACCAGAGGGAGAAAGUGAAUCUCACAGAGGCCGCUGCUGUGCUCCGUUCGGCCGGUUCGGCCUGUGGUGCUCCUGCGGGUUCUCACUCGGCUCGCCAUGCGGUCGCUGCGACUCCUCCUCCGCUUCAGCUGGUUCUGGCAGCGUGUCUUCACAGCCAUCGUCAAGCACUCCUCCCCUGUAUACAUGUUGCAUGAAACAGUUAAUGUACAAUCUGCUAAUAGUCGCUUGCACUCUUAAAAAUGAAGGUUUUGGUGCUGUUAAAACACACUUUUGGAUUCCACAAGAACCUUUUAGUGAACAGUUCCUAAAAGAACCACUUUUUAUUAGUGUGAAGAACAUUUUAAUAACUCUCUGUGCAAUAAAAAUGUUCCAUGCAUGUUGGAACCAUAGAUGCCAAUAAAGAAUCCAAGCAACAAUCCAUUAUGAAGAGCAAUGUUUUGGGUUUAUUGCUUGGUGAUUAUUCACGAA